AUGACUGCUUAUGUUUUACAACAGCAGGGAAAUCUUAUACAACUAGUAGAUCAAGCCCUCGGAUCUGACUUCUCUCGGAAAGACGCGAUCACAAUUUUAGAUUUAGCAAUGAUGUGCACUAACCCAUCCCCUACACUCAGGCCAACCAUGUCUGAAGUUGUAAAAAUCAUGGAAGGAAAGACUAAGAUAAUUUCCUCUAGAAUCAGUGCCCCUUACCCAAUGGAUGAAUUUACAACUGCCAAGGCCAUAGCUGCUCUUUCUCAAUCCUCUCAAUCCGGGAGCACAUCACAAGAAGGGGCAUCAAACACUACAUUAUCUCAUUCUGCUAGCAAAGAGAUUGAAGAAUCUACUUUAUCUGCUGAUUAUGCAGCUGAGAUGAUCAAUGGACAACGGGGGAUAUCAGCAACGGAGACAUCUUAG